GCCGCCCCAUCUUACUACUCCGAGCCGACCUACUACACUGAAGCCCCGAAGAACUACGCUGCCCCAAGUUACUACACCACGACUGCUCCUUCGUACUACGUCGAACCUAGCUACUACACCACAACUUAUGCUGCUCAAUCUUACUAUACUGAGGCUGCUGAAUACUACACAACUAAAGCCCCGGAGUAUUAUACGACGAAAGCUGAAUACUACACCACCACUUACGCCGCUCCAGCUUAUUACACUGAGUCUCCGCAAUACUACACAAAAAAGGCAUCCGAAUACACAACGUAUGGUGCCCCAAGCUACUACACCGAGGCCCCCAAGUACUACACCACCACUUACGCUGCUCCAGUUUACUACACUGAGGCUCCCAAAUAUUCGGCUCCACAAUACACUACAACAUAUGCUGCCCCAAGCUAUUAUACAGAAGCCCCGAAGUACUACACUACAACAUAUGCCGCUCCGGUUUACUACACCGAAGCUCCUCAACAACCUAUGCUACUCCCGGCUACUACACCGAGGCUCCAGCUUACUACACAACUACCUAUGCAACCCCAUCCUACUACACUGAUGCUCCCAAGUACUAUUAAUCGUGAAAAUUGCGCUGUCCAUCAAGCUCGAUGAUGGAAUAUUCCGAUUUGAUUUUAUCAUUUACAGUCCUCGUUCCAAAAUAAGUAUUUCCAUUUAUGCAUUCACUAGUCGUUUUCCAUACGAAUGUUUCCAAAUGAAUUGUUGAAUACAGAUACAAUGCCGUUAACAAAUCCCCUCGUUCUUUUUAUUUUGUAUCAAAUAAAGCUAAUGAAAGCGAUUUGUUUCCCUACAACAUUGUAAUUGCUGAACGCAUUUAUACACUAGAACAUUAGUGAGAUUUACAUCAUUGGUAUUCAUCAGUCUGGUAUAAUUUAUAUAGCUAUUUAGUUGCGUAGCAUAGAACAUUGCUUCAAUUGAUUGCAUUUGCCAAUUAACAUUGAAUUGGGCAAGGUUGAAAUCCACUUAUCUUUACCGUUUUUAAUUGCGUAGCAGGAUGUAGCGUAAAAUUUUUUAGUUUGCAUUUCCAUCACUAAUGUUAAUUUCCUAAUUUCAAUCUGAAAUUCCCUUAAAAGGAAAUGCUCAAAUAUUCGGACUAGAUGUUAGAAGUUUUGGUUAGCCAGUUUGGAUUUUAGUUAUUGAAAAA